UCCGCGGUGUCUCGUCAAGGGCCGGAGCUCCAAAAGAAGCCCCUUCCAUUUUUUAAUCUCGGCGAGAGACGGUGGCGAGGCUACAAAUAAAGAAAGCUGGAGCUCUCCCUCCCAUCCUAGAGCGACGACGUGGUGAGCUGCUCUUCUUCUUCCCCCACCCCCCCUUCUUCGUGGCCUGCGGCGGGUGUGGUGUUUGGUCAGGACUCGGGAGGUUUAUUAAGGGCGGUGCCCCGUUCUUGAUGAGUCUCUGAGGAAGGAAGUUUGGCCACGAAGAGGAGGAGGAGGAGGAGUGAUUUGUUGCCUCGUUUGGUCGUAUAUCUGUGGGAUUCCGUGGUUUGUUUGUCAGUCCGAGGCGGCGGCAAACAAAGGGGUGUCAAUGGCGCCGUCGUGGUGGGGGAGGGAGCAGCAGCCGGCGAGGGCCAAUGGCGGCGGGACUCCCGUGGUGGUGAAGAUGGAGAACCCCAACUGGUCGAUCUCGGAGGUGGAGCCGGAGCUUGGGCCCGGGUCCCCCGCGGGGCUGGCCGGCGGCAAGGCCGGGCGGGGGAAGAACGCGCGCCAGAUCACCUGGGUGCUGCUCCUCAAGGCGCACCGCGCGGCGGGGCGGCUCACGGGGGCCGCCACGGCGGCGCUGGCGGUGGCCGCCGCCGCGCGCCGGCGGGUGGCGGCGGGCCGGACGGACUCCGACGCGGCCCCCGGGGAGAACACGGCCCUCAGGGCCCGCUUCUACGGCUGCAUCCGCGUCUUCCUCGCGCUCUCCCUGCUGCUGCUGGCCGUCGAGGUCGCCGCCUACCUCCAGGGCUGGCACCUCGAGAUGCCCGGGCUCGACGCCAUGGACGGGCUCUUCGCCGCCGCCUACGCCGGCUGGAUGCGCGUUCGCCUCCGGUACCUCGCGCCGCCGCUGCAGUUCCUCACCAACUCCUGCGUCGUCCUUUUCCUCAUCCAGAGCGUCGACCGCCUCGUCCUCUGCCUCGGCUGCUUCUGGAUCAAGCUCAAGGGCAUCAGGCCCGUGCCCCAGGCCAGCGACAAGGAGGAUGUCGAGGCCGGCGCCGAGGACUUCCCCAUGGUUCUAGUCCAGAUGCCCAUGUGCAACGAGCGGGAGGUUUACCAGCAAUCCAUAGGUGCAAUUUGCAACCUGGAGUGGCCAAGGUCAAACUUCUUGGUGCAGGUAUUGGAUGAUUCUGAUGAUCCUACCACUUCGGCGCUUAUCAAGGAGGAGGUAGAGAAAUGGCAGCGAGAGGGCGUGCACAUUGUAUACCGGCACCGGGUGAUCCGGGAUGGCUACAAGGCUGGAAACCUCAAAUCAGCAAUGAACUGCAGUUAUGUGAAAGACUACGAAUAUGUUGUCAUCUUUGAUGCUGAUUUCCAACCACAAGCGGAUUUCCUGAAGCGAGCCAUGCCCCAUUUCAAGGGAAAGGAUGAUGUUGGGUUGGUUCAGGCAAGAUGGUCUUUUGUAAACAACGAUGAGAACUUGUUGACUAGAUUACAAAACAUAAAUCUGUGCUUCCACUUUGAGGUGGAGCAGCAAGUGAAUGGCGCAUUCCUCAACUUCUUUGGGUUCAAUGGAACUGCGGGAGUGUGGAGAAUCAAGGCGCUUGAGGAUUCCGGUGGGUGGAUGGAGAGGACAACAGUGGAGGACAUGGACAUUGCUGUCCGAGCACAUCUCAAGGGAUGGAAGUUUCUCUACCUGAAUGACGUUGAGUGUCAAUGUGAGUUGCCAGAAUCAUAUGAAGCAUACAGAAAGCAGCAGCACCGGUGGCACUCAGGUCCCAUGCAACUGUUUAGACUCUGCUUCGUGGACAUUAUAAAAUCUGAGAUUGGAUUCUGGAAGAAGUGCAACCUCAUAUUUCUAUUCUUCCUCCUCCGCAAGCUCAUCUUACCCUUCUAUUCUUUCACCCUUUUCUGUGUCAUCCUUCCCAUGACAAUGUUUGUUCCUGAAGCUGAACUUCCUGCAUGGGUUGUGUGCUACAUUCCAGUAACAAUGUCCAUCCUUAGCGUCCUCCCAUCCCCAAAAUCCUUCCCAUUCAUUGUUCCAUACCUUCUCUUCGAGAACACGAUGUCAGUAACCAAGUUCAAUGCCAUGAUUUCUGGCUUGUUCCAGCUCGGGAGUGCCUAUGAGUGGGUCGUCACCAAGAAAUCAGGUCGUUCUUCCGAGGGCGAUCUUGUCGCCCUCGUCGAGAAACACUCCAUGCAGCAGCAAAGAGUAGGGUCCGCGCCCAACCUUGACGCGCUAGCAAAGGAGGAAUCACUUCCCAAAAAGGAUUCCAAGAAGAAGAAGCACAAUAGGAUCUACAGGAAGGAACUGGCACUGUCAUUCCUCCUGUUAACAGCAGCGGCUCGCAGCGUGCUGUCUGCCCAGGGCAUCCAUUUCUACUUCCUCCUGUUCCAAGGGGUCUCAUUCUUGGUAGUCGGCCUCGACCUAAUCGGUGAGCAAGUGGAGUGAUAGCAAAUGAAGAAGAGUAUAACUGGGUUCCCUUUUUUCAUUGAAGAUACUUUGCAAGCAUCAAAUGGCCCUUUGUAAAAGGAGAAGAGCGCGGCAUUGUUUUGAUGCUUACAUGAGCAACUUCUGAUCCCUACCCCAAGGGGCAGAGAUUAUUCACGAGAUACAACUGAAGUGUGGAUGAUGUAGAUAGAUAUAGCUUUUGGAUCGAAAAAACCUGUGAGAUGCUUUUAUUCUUUCAGGUCACUCAAAUUCUUUUUGUAAGAAAAAUCUUUGGCGCCUAGAUGGGGGUCCUUCUUCCUUCUUGACAGACUUUACCUUCAAAUGAAGAUAAUACUGCUUGUUUUCACCGUGUAUUAUCACGAUAAUUAAUUAUCGAGAUACCUGUUCAAUGGUUCA